ACUCUUGUCUAGUUGUUGUGACACUUUGUUGCUGUUUUUUUUUUAACUUUAUAUUAGUUAUGAAAACAAUUAUAAUUUUAUAAAAAAUGACGUGGUUACUUAUACUGCUGGGAUUAUGGAUUUGGUGGAUGUCUGGAUAUAAACGUAGAAAAAGACUGAGGCAAAUAGCUAAAGAGCUGCCUACAACUAUUCCAGCUUUGCCGCUGGUAGGCCAAGCGUAUAUAUAUAUUGGGAAUGAUGAAGACAGAAUGAAAGCCAUCCAAAGGCUUGGACGAGAUGCCAUACAACAGGGCGGGACCAUAGCAUAUUGGAUGGGCCAAGAGUUGGCCAUCGGUGUCGCGGACCCUGUGGUAGCAGACUUGCUUCUAAAAAACUGCCUGUCAAAAGAUGAAAACUUGAUGCGCAUCGUACGCACUUUCACAGCUAAUGGAAGCAUUACUGCUCCAGUGCACCUUUGGCGGCCGCGCCGUAAGAUCCUCUCACCAAUCUUUAGCCUGAAAAACCUGCACGCCUUCGUUGAAGUAUUCGUGAAGCAGAGUGCCAUGAUGGUGGAACUCCUGCGUCCUAUGGCGGGGGCCGGCGACUUUCCCAUUUGGAAUUACAUGGCUACGUACACCUUCGACUCUGUGGCAGAAACCAAUUUAGGCGUAAAGUUGAACUCACAGAAGAAUAGGGACCACCCAUUCCUGGGGGCAUUCGACAGAUGUGGCACAUUUAUGGCCGAACGAAUGGUUUCACCCUGGCUUCAUCCAAAUUUCAUCUAUCGCAUGCUGCCAAGUUGGAGACAGUGUAUAAGUUGCGUUAACUUAAUUGACAAUUUUUUAAGUGAGAUUAUAGUAGAAAAAAGAAAAGCCUUAAACAGGUUAUGUGAAAAGAAAGAAAGUGAUGCUACGGCACCAAAGAUGAUGCGAACCUUAGUGGAGUUGUUAAUGGAGACGCCAGAAGAAGAAAAGAAGUUUAACGACACAGAGCUUCUAGAAGAAUCGAAGGUGAUCAUAGGUGCAGGCACUGACACAUCAGCCAUAGGAGCGUGCUAUACUUUGCUCAUGCUCGCCCGCCAUCCCAAUGUCCAAGAAGCUGUUUAUAAGGAGCUGCAUGAAGUGUUCGGUGGUUCGGAUAGAAUGGUGACUGUAGAGGAUUUAUCUCGUCUCAAAUACAUGGAACUUGUCAUUAAGGAAUCGUUGCGAAUGUAUCCCCCUGUGCCAGCGAUUGUGAGAGAAGUCACCGACGACAUUACAUUGCCAAACGGAACGACCCUCACGAAAGGGGUGGGUAUAGUGAUGUUCAUCUUUGCCGUGAACCGGAACCCUCAGUAUUGGGGAGACGACGCAGACAGUUUCCGACCCGAGCGAUUCCUUGAACCCUUCAAGCAUCCAGCUCAGUUCUUACCUUUUAGCUGGGGGAUGAGGAACUGUAUAGGGUACCAGUACGCAAUGCUGUCCUUGAAGACGGUCAUAUCCACCGUCCUGAGAAGCUACCAAGUGCUGCCUCCUUCAGAUCUGGAUCCAGCCCACUAUGACGACCCACUGAGGGUUAGAUUCAACAUAAUGAUGAAAGAUGUGGAUAAUUUUAUAGUGCGCUUGAAGGAAAGAGCUUGAAUGUA